AUGACAUGCAUGAGCAAGACUUUGAUCUGGAAACAACAGCAGAUUGCUAUUCGGCUGGUGGAGAUUGGACUGGAGAUUCGGCUGGUGGAGAUUGGACUGGAGAUUCAGGUGGAGAUUGGACUGGAGAUUCGGCUGGUGGAGACGUGGGUGGAGAUUGGACUGGAGAUUGGGCUGGAGAUUCAGGUGGAGAUUGGACUGGAGAUUCGGCUGGUGGAGAUUGGACUGGAGAUUCAGGUGGAGAUUGGACUGGAGAUUGGGCUGGUGGAGAUUGGACUGGAGAUUGGGCUGGAGAUUCAGGUGGAGAUUGAACUGGAGAUUCGGGUGGAGAUUGGACUGGAGAUUCGGCUGGAGAUUCGGCAUCGCAAACGGGAAGUUGGUUAUUCGACAAAUCUAAACUAUGAAGGGCAUUUAAAGAACCAAAGUCGGCCGAAAUCGAACCCAAUAAAUUAUUCGAGGAAAGAUUCAAUGUCCUUGUUGUUGCCUGCCCCGAACUCAACCAAACUCGUCCACGAUGAUACAUUAGUCGGGAUGUUACCACUAAACUCAUUCAAACACAUUAGUCAAAGCACCACGGCUGCACAAACAUUCCGGCAGUUUUCCGGUGAAAAAAUUCUCAGAAACAUCGACUUCAAAGAGCUUCGAGUCGACACUCACCAAAUCAACCGACUUGGUUACUUGAGGAAUCCGGCCCGAAAGCUGGUUCUUAAACAAAUAAAUCGUUUUCAAAUUUCUCAACGAGAAAAGACCAAGUCCAAAAAGGUGAGGCUUGACAAAUUCCCGAAGCUCUUGGGAAUAUUUCAGUUGACGUUCGUCAGCCUCAUCUGGAAACUCUUCAAUUUCGUUGGAGAUCUCCACCGGAUAGCUGCCAUCGAAGGAAUUAAAGCAAAGGUACAGGAGACGGAGCUCCGACAGGCUCCCGAUUCCCGGCGGAAUGUUGCCGAAAAAGUUGUUUUUAAGGUGGCCGGGAAGUUUCCCGUGGUGGAGGACGCCGAUGGAGUCGGACACGUUGCCGGAGAUGUUGUAGUUGUUGAUGUUGAUUCUGGUGACGUGGCCGGAGAUGACGUCAGGUUCCAGUGUUGGAGGGUUGUGGUGUUGCCCCAUGCAUUUUUCAUGUCUAGCAAGGCGGUUCUUUCGUCAGUGGGAAGGUUUUUUGAAUUUACGAAAAAGGACAUGGAUGAGAGAAGAAAAAAGAGGAAGAGCAGUACAGUACUCGAGUGGAAGAAGGGUAGUUUCGUCAUUAGGGCAAGGCAACAGCGUGGGAUCCUUUUUGAGGAAGACGAACGGACUAUCAGAACUCACCUAAGGGCUAAGAAGUUUGUGAAGGAUUUUUGGAAGACAAGAACGGAUUUGGAGAUCGCAUCUGACAGAAACUGGGGGAAAUGGGUGCUGGCCCACUACCAUGAAGGACACCAUGAAAGAAGGGAAAAAACCCAUAUGAAGCCCAAAUGA